UCUUCGCCGAUGAAGGAGCGAGGAGAGUGUGUCACGGAGCAGGGGAAGCUCGCGCGAGUGAGGAGCGUCGCCACCGUCGUCGCGUCGUGCACCGCCAGCUUCGUUGCACCUCGUCAUCACCAUCGCCGUCGGACCACCAUGGAGUCGUUGCCGUCGAACCGGCGCUGCGAGCUGCUAUCAAGCCUCAAGCAGAAUCCGAUGCGAAGAGAGAGAGAGACAAAACAACGCGAGGAGAGAGAGAAGGCGUUGCGGGGGUUUCUGCCGCCACUGCUCUCUCUGCCAUCGCCGCCGCCGGAGUCACGAGCUGAGGUGGGGAAGGAGACCAUUUUUCCUGUUGCUGUUGCAGUCACUGCGCUACUACUGCUACGCUUCAUUUUCCUUGUUUUCCUUAAUUACCGAUUAAGCUGCUGCAACUGUGGACUGUGAUGGUUGAUGCUCUGAAAGAGUCAUCGCUGCUGGGGUGACUGGAAUUACUACUACCAAUUCUACCGUUGCUACCGAUGCUGUUGACUUGCCCCAAUUCAAGUUCAGUGUCACUGCCCUAGGUCUAGCCUGUCUCCUGACUCUGUUUCACUUUUAUACUCUGAACUGCCUUGGUCUCGUUUAUCUAUUUGUUACGAUUUUAAUUCCA